AUAAAAUAUACGUCUACCUUCUCAUUAAUUUCCUUGUUUCUUCUUCAUUGAACUCUUGAACAAAUAUUAUAUGGAGAUGUCACUUGUCACUUCGAGUUGCUAGGAAACUUCCACCGGUGAAUUCCUCCUCUAUACAGAUUAAUUAGUUCAUAUCCCCUUGUCUCUCAGCUCUCUAUCUCCACACUUUUUCUCUUUAACAUAUCCUUUACUAAAUGGCCGUCACUGAUUAUUUCGCCGGUGAGAUAGCGACGGAGCUUUUGAAGCAGCUCUUUCUGAUAUCUGCGAGAGCAGGCCGGUACAAAAACACAGCCGACAACCUCAGCACCUUGAUCGAGAACAUUCAACCGACGAUCAAAGAGAUCCAGUACAGUGGAGUUGAGCUGCCUGCUCACCGCCAGGCUCAAAUCCGUAUACUCUUUGAGUCUCUAGAGAAGGGCAAGAAACUCAUGGACAAAUUCUUAACAUGCAAUCGUUGGAAUAUGAUUCGACAGUUAUAUCUCAUGAAGAAAAUGGAGAAGCUAGAGAAGACCCUCUCUGAUUUCUUUAGGGCUUCCAUUUUGACACACAUCCUUGCCGAUCUUCAUCUUCUCCGGGCCAAUUCUGAUGAACGUUCCCAUGAGCACGUCACAUCAACCAAAGGGUGUGACUACGACGGACUUGGCUCAAUUCAGUACCAGCACAUCCAGCCUAACCUAGACAUGGAUAUGCGGGUCACCAUUUUGGAGGCUGAAUUCCGCACCUUCUCCAACAACGUCAUCAACAACAUGCUUGCGAUGAAGCGAGCGCAAGAUGUCUUACUACGAGCCAACGGCUUUGACCCCGAGACCCUCCUACCGAUGAUGUCUCCUCCUGCAGCCUCCAUGAAUCCUCCUGCUUGACCACAUACGACUUAGGAUACUUGCAACCCACUCAACCUUGCGGACUACGAUCUUUAAAACACAAAUUGCUUUCGAUUUAUGUUUUUCAAUUUGUUAAAUUAUGUUUCAGUCACAAUUUUAAAUAUAAUUUAUCGUCCACUACUCUGUUUUAGCUUCUUCUUUUUCCAUACGUUACAAUUGACCUUACUUUUUUACGUAUUAAAGAGAGAAUUGGUUUAUACACCUCAAAUCAGCAGGUUCUACAUGAUGAAUGAAGCCCUUUUAAUAUCAAAACAACCCUUUUAGUAGCUGAAGGAAUCAGAUUGUAUCUCUAACAAAAAGGCUACCAACAAAAUGAUGUUAUCCAAGUUGGGUUCCAAAAUAUGGGGUCUCUCAAGAGCUAUGUCUUUCAGGUUGUCUAUCUGCUCUCUCACACACCUCUUUCUGCAUCCGGGAACUGAAGAACGAAGCGCACAAGUCGGGGAAAGGCGGGAAAUUGAGUGUUGAUCCACAAAACAUUGUUUCCCAAGGUUUCUCUGACAUCAAUGCUUUCUUCCUAGAUCUCUUCUUCUUUUUGCUUAUUGCUGCAAGAAAAACUUCAUAAUCUAUGGCGCUAGUCUCGAGUUUUUCAUCGCUAUAAGGAUCAAAUAGAACAUAUUCAUGGCUCCUGUUUACAUACGCGAGAAGCGGCUGAGACUUUUUACCAUCUUCCACAAAUGAAAGUGUUCCUCCUCUGGCCUGCAAUAAACAUUGUAAUCAAGUC